GCCAGAGCUCAUCACUGACAAAAAAGAGGUAGAUAAGGAAACAAACCAACACACCAAAUCUGCUAACAGGGGAACUGGAGAUCCUGCUCCACCCAGCAGCCUGUGUUCCAGCACUGAAGGGAUAGCUAAGGAUUCUGUCUGUGCCUGGUGUAUGAAGAACUGUGUGCAGCAUCUGUUAAAGUUUUACACAGACGCUAGAUGUGGUGUUACGUGCUUCUCUUUGCCAUGGCCUGGAUCAUUGGAUGGCUGCUAAGGGACAGGCAGAAGAUUUCAAGAUUCUCAAACAAACAUGUCUUUAUCACUGGCUGUGACACUGGCUUUGGCAAUUUGCUGGCCAAGAGACUAAGCCGAAAGGGUUUCCAAGUCCUGGCUGGGUGCCUCACUCAAGUGGGAGCAGAAGACCUGCAGAAAGUUUGUCCUACCGGCCUGAAGUGCACUCUACUGGAUGUUACCAACCAGGAUAGUAUAAACAAGGCAGUUGAGUGGGUUAAGUCAGAGGUGGGAGACAGAGGCCUCUAUGGGUUAGUUAACAAUGCUGGGAUCGCUAAUCCCAUUGGGCCCACUGAAUGGAUGACCAUACAGGACUAUAAGAAAGUUAUGGAAGUCAAUGCAUUUGGAACCAUUGCUGUCUCUCUGAGCUUUUUGUCACUGAUAAAGAAGGCACAAGGGCGUAUUGUCAACAUGGCCAGCAUCCUUGGAAGGAUUUCAGCUAAUGGAGGCGGGUACUGCGUGUCCAAGUAUGCGGUAGAGGCCUUCUCUGACAGUUUACGACGGGACAUGCAACACUUUGGGGUAAGAGUGUGCAUCAUAGAGCCUGGAUUCUUCAAGACAGCUGUGACCAACCUGGAUUCUAUUGAGCGCUCCUUGCAACUACUCUGGGAUCAGAUGCCGCCAGAGACAAGGAUGACCUAUGGGGACAAGUACCUCCAACAAUACCUGAAAAUGCAAAGACUCAUCAUGAACUUCAUCUGUGAUCCGGACAUCUCCAAAGUGCCCAAGUGUAUAGAACAUGCCUUGCAAUCCCGAUACCCACGCACAAGAUACAGUCCAGGUUGGGAUGCCAAGCUGGUGUGGCUACCAGCCUCUUACAUGCCAGCCUUCAUUACAGACGCUGUACUGGCUUUUGUGCUUCCCAAACCUGCACACAGAGUCCAUUAGCAGUGCACAUUACUUUUUAUACAUUUUUUUAGGAUUUUUAGAGAAGUGAAUCUACACUGCAAUAGUUUUUAUAUUGUAAUCACAUUACCAUGGAAAUGCAUUUCCCAUAAUUCAAAGUGAUUCCCUGCUGUAUAGUAUGGCAAUAUGUGUUUGCAAUGCCAGCUCUGCUGCCAUAACAUAGCAUACAUUAAUUACAUAGAACUCAUUAUUGUGGGACAAGAUGCUCAGUGCAAAAAACAGGCACAAAGUACAUUUCCAUUUCUGUAGUUUGAAAUGAAUGAUCUUUCUCAGGUUCAUUGACCGGGGUGCAGAUUACUGGCAUCAACAGAGAAAUCACUGAAGCGGAUAUGGGCACCCCAUGCAGCGUAGUGUGGCCUGCCCUGCAAGUCCACAAUUUAAGUAUUAACUGUGCCCUGUAUUCUCUUUAUUUUAUUGAAAGCUAAUUAUAUGUGAAA